AUGACAGUCACAACAGUCCCUGCGACGCAUCCCAUUGCAAGACGCGGCCCGCUCUCGCAAACAAGUACAGCAGAGUUACACCAAUCCAGCGAUCUCCGGUACCAACGUCGCGAGGCUCAUAUUCCAAAGGGGUCAAAUGAAGAAGAAAAGCUCUACAUCCUGACACUUCUUACCGACAAGCGACACCAUGAUGAGAUGAGUGCGCUGCGAAGACAGUGGUUUCCUCCAAAGUUGCUCAAGGUGGACGCUCAUAUCACUCUGUUCCACGCGUUACCUGGCUCCAAACUGUCAGAAGUCAAGUCAGAUAUUGCAGACAUCGCAGCUCGGUCAGCGAAAUUCUCAAUCGGUGUAGGAAAUCAAGACGUUUACGAAAUGGGCAAGGGCGUUGGCAUCAAGAUCUAUGCUGGUCAAAAGAGAGCUUUAAGCAUACGCAGUGAAUUGAGGGACAAAUGGGAGCCUUUUCUCAGCGAUCAAGAUAGACGAGAGAAAUGGAGAGGUCACUACACUGUCAUGAACAAGCAGGAUGAUAAGGAAGAGGUACAGAAGUGCCUGGACUAUUUAAAGGAGGGGCAUGCAGAGAGCAAGGGCACUGUUGAAGGACUGAGUCUGUGGCUGUAUGAUAGAGGUUGGUGGAGGGAAGACGAGGUAUUUAAAUUCUCAAAAGAAGCAUAA